AUGAAGGAAAUUUCCCCCGAAGAAAUCGAUGAUUCACCUCAAUAUUUCUUGCCGCACCAUGCAAUAUUACGCCCGGAAAGCUCUACGACAAAAUUGCGGACGGUAUUCGAUGCGUCCUGCAAAUCUCAGUCAGGUGUUUCACUAAACGACGUUCUUCUUGCUGGACCUACUAUCCAGAAUACACUGAUUGCGCUUGUCAUGCGCUUUCGUAUGCACGCCUAUGUCAUAAGCGCGGACAUAGAAAAAAUGUACCGCCAAAUUUGGGUACACUACACAGAUCAGCCUCUGCAGAGGAUUUAUUGGCGGGAUGACAAAGAAUCUCCGUUGAAAAUAUUCCAGCUUCAAACAGUAACAUAUGGAACAAACAGUGCUCCGUUUCUCGCAACUCGGGUGCUACAGCAGCUCGCCGAAGAUGAAGCUGAAAACUAUCCUUUAGCUGCUCCUGUAGUUCGAACGAGUUUCUAUAUGGAUGACUUGUUAUUCGGCUGCAACAACAUUGAUACGCUGAAGAGUACAUGCACACAAAUCGUCGCUAUGCUGCAUUCGGCAGGAUUCACGCUACGCAAAUUUUCAUCUAACUCGCAAAAUGUUCUCGAAAUAUUCCCUGAGCAACUAAGGGAAACAAGAACCCUUCUCGAUCUCGACGCUGACCAAACAGUUAAAACGCUGGGUCUGUUGUGGGAACCUUCUAAAGAUGUUCUCAGUUAUAAAAUACCAACUUGGUCUCCAGUUAGUAGAUACACCAAAAGAAUUAUCGUGUCACAAAUGUCAAGUCUGUUCGACCCACUUGGCUUAUUGAGUCCAGUGAUCGUCCUAGCAAAGAUGAUUGUUCAAACAUUAUGGAAGCAAGAUUAUCCAUGGGACUAUUGUUUACCGCCUACUGUCCAGCAAAUGUGGCUAGAUUAUCAGCAGCAUAUUGCCUUCCUCAACGAUCUCCGUAUUCCUCGUUUCAUCUCAUCGCUGAAUAGUUUCGACAACAUCGAGCUGCAUGGUUUCAGCGACGCCUCCGAAAGAGCAUAUGGAGCUUGUAUAUACAUGCGAUCCAUCGCUGAAAACGGUUCUUGUGUGGUUCAUUUGAUUGCGGCCAAAUCUCGUAUCGCUCCUCUUGAAGUAAAAUCAAUAGCUCGUCUGGAACUCUGCGCAGCUCUUCUUCUUUCACACCUCUUACAAAUGGUGAUGGAAAGCAUCGGUCAGCAUAACAACAUUAUUUUAUGGACAGAUUCAACCAUUGUCCUGCACUGGCUAGCCGCUACACCUUCGACUUGGCAGACGUUCGUGGCAAACAGGGUCGCGGAAAUCCAGCGACUCACCUCGUGCGCAAUAUGGAGACACGUUCCUAGCGCAGAAAACCCUGCCGAUUUAAUUUCUAGAGGAGUACAAGCAUAUGGCAUCGUGGAAAAUUCCCUUUGGUGGAAUGGACCUAUCUGGCUAUCGAAUACCAAUCAACGUUGGCCGGAAAACAUAAUACUGUCGUAUCCUCAAACAGAUAAAAUUCUAGAAGCACGUAAAAUUGCUCUACAUCACACCGUUUCAAACUAUAAUCUUAUUGAACGCUACUCCUCUUUAUCUAAAUUACUACGCAUCACUUCUCUCUGCCAGCGUUUCGUGCACAAUUGCUCGUCGAAGGACUCUCCACGUAUAGGUUCGAUUACUAACGACGAAAUCCAUGGAGCAACAUUAUCACUAGUUCGUGUCGCUCAGCAAGAAUAUUUUCAUCGCGAAUUGGAAGCUUUAGCUAAAGGAAACCCAGUAUCUCGUUCCUCACGCCUUCGUUAUCUCAAUCCGAAGCUUCAAGACGGCCUUAUACGUGUUGGAGGGCGUCUACAACAUGCUGACAUACCGUAUGAUACAAAACAUCCUCUAGUGUUACCUGACAAACACCCACUAUCGCUUCUAAUUGCUACCUCUGCCCAUGAACGAAGCUUGCACGGGGGACCUCAGCUGCUUUUAUCAAUAGUGCGACAUGAGUUUUGGCCUCUAGGAGGUCGUAACCUUGCCCGGAAGGUCGUCCAUAACUGUGUUAUUUGUGCUAAAGCAAAACCUAGAAGUAUUGAACAGCUAAUGGGUCAACUGCCCCCUGCAAGAAUAUCACAAGCACAUCCAUUCAAAUUUGUGGGAAUCGACUAUGCAGGUCCGAUUUAUUUAAAACCAAACACGCGCAAAGGAGCCCCAGUGAAGGCUUACGUGGCAGUAUUUGUAUGCCUAGUUGUCAAGGCGGCACAUCUCGAGCUCGUAUCUGACCUCAGUUCAGCGGCCUUCAUAGCAGCACUACGUCGAUUCGUCGCCCGCAGGGGAAUCCCCAGCACCAUUUACUGCGACAACGCAACAAAUUUCACUGCAGCUCAGCGUGAACUCCGAGAUCUACGUCGAUUAUUUCUAUCACAACAACAUAAGCAAGCAGUGUACAUGGAAGCUGCUGCUCUCAAGAUUGAAUUCCAUUUCAUCCCCCCACACGCUCCCACAUUUGGUGGUCUUUGGGAAGCGUGCGUCAAAUCCUUCAAGCACCAUAUGCGCAGAAUUGUGGGCAACAACCAUUUGUCAGCCGAAUUAUUUACCACCGUUUUAGCCCAAAUAGAGGCCUGUUUAAAUUCACGUCCUAUAACUCCGCUAUCAUCAGAUCCAAAUGAUCUGCAAGCCUUAACGCCGGGACAUUUCCUGAUAGGCCGCCCACUGUUAGCAGUUCCUGAGCCCAAUCUGGAUGAAAUCUCCGAGAAUCGUCUCGACAACUGGCAGAAGAUUCAGCGCAUAACACAACAUUUUUGGAAACGUUGGCACGAGGAGUAUUUGUCCACCCUACAAACUCGAUAUAAAUGGACAACUAUGAAUCCUAAUCUUCUCAAUGGAUCGAUUGUGCUGAUACGCGAUGACAACCUACCGAUUGGCCGAUGGUCGAUGGGAAGAGUAGUGGCCACUCACCCAGGACAAGAUGGACUAAUACGUGUUGCUACCGUGAAGUUGCCAAACAGCGUCAACUUAAUCAAGAGACCCAUCACGAAGCUAUGUCCUCUACCAAUAGAGAUAGACCCCGCGAUUGCAGCAGAGCAGCCAACGGCCAUCCCUCAACAGCACUCAACUCAUCAGUAA